CGAACGCUGAGCAAACGGAGGUAAGACAGGGAAAUGGAGAUACCAGGAUCUAGUAACAGGAAGAGAGGACCCCGAGGGAAAACACAGGAUCCUAAUGUGCACUUGUCCAAGCUCCUGUCAUAUGCUUUGCGUCAUGGAGCGGAUAGUCUGGGUCUGCCCAUGGGAUCAGAUGGCUUUGUGCCACUUUCAGCUCUUCUCGUCCUUCCUCAGUUUCGCUCUUAUUCCCAAACCGACAUUGAGCGAGUAGUGGGCUCUAAUAACAAACAGCGGUUCACUUUACGACAUUCCGAGCAUUCUGGUGUCAUUGAGAUCCGAGCCAAUCAAGGGCACACUUUGAAGGUAGAAGUUGAACUUACUGCACUGGGGGAUGAGCUUCCUGAACAGGCUAUUCAUGGAACUUACCUCCGUCACUGGCCUUCGAUACUUCAAUGCGGUCUAGCUCGUAUGAAGAGAACACAUAUCCACCUCUCUACCGAGCUCCCCGGAGAGGGCAAAACAGUUAUCAGUGGCAUGCGGAAUGACUGCGAGGUGGCCAUAUUUAUAGACCUUUCGAAAGCAAUAGCAGAUGGAAUCAGGUUCUACUGGUCUUCUAACCAUGUUCUCCUAACACCAGGAGAUGCAGAGGGCUUGCUUCUCCCAAAAUACUUCCUAAAAGUCCUGCAGCUCAGACCUCAAAGGAAACUUCUUCCCCUCAAAUGAUAUAUGAGGAAAUGCACUUUCUAAAAAUCAGUCGGAAGAGUGAAUGCAUUAAAUCAGGUGUUAUUUAAUUUGAUAAAAAAGCCAAAAUAAUACAUUUGUUUCUAUUUUUGUGUACAGACCGUAUUUAAACAUG